UCAGACAAGCGCCUUCGAACCUGGGCCGAAGCCACGGCGCGUAACAAGCGCGAGCACGCAUUCUUUUAUACUACCCACUCGCAAUUUUUUGAUGACAACGUGGCAUCAGGACAGACUGUGCGCACAGGUAUUUGUGUAUUGUGCCUAACCAUCCUCACCUAGCUUUCCGCCGCAUUGCUCACUAACAACACCCACGUUCUGCGAAGUCAACGAUGGCGACGGCGGUGAGGAAUGCCUCAAAUUGUCGAUCGUCCCAAAGCUAUACCAGCGACAUCCCUUCAACCUUCAAUAGUAAUAAAACGACUCUGUGCGGCUUCAGCUACCCCGAUCCUACAGGCUUUCGGAACCUGUCUUCGUGUUGGACAGGGCCAGUCCAAGUCAGCAACGAAUGCUUCCAGUAUUGCGAAGUCGUUUCCACAGAGUCUGAGACGACGUGGGGAUAUUGCGUCUCGUUGAACACGCCGAAUCUUACCCGACCUAUAUUGACAACGUGCAAUAGCCGCGUUGCAUAGAAUGGAACGGAGUCACUGGGCAGACGUAGCGGGCUACCUGGCUUACUGGUGCUGCUGAUGCUCGCCAUCGCCACAUUGGGAUGACUG